AUUUCGCUGAAGUUGAACGUAACGCAAAGUCGACUGUGGUUACAGACACGGUCAUGCGCUCUCCGACGAAAACUUACGAAUGUCACAGUCGUCGUGUCGAAUAAAGUAAUUACAGGUGGAUUUUUGUUAGUGUCGUGGGUGAACGGUACAGUAUUUUUUGUGGACCUUCGGUAGUAAGCGUCCUAUCGAAGGACACAGCUGGGUGAUAAGGACUCUAACAAGAAAACAGAUAUGGACGAGAUAGUCUGGGCUCGUGACUCAACCGAAGGCUUCGUCCUGAGUAGGAUUUCUGAAAUCCUGGACGAUGGAGCUGAAGUCCUUCCUUUGGAUAAAAAGUUCCAGAAGCGGACACUACCAUUCAGUGAUAUAUUUAGAGCGAACGUUGAGAAAGAUAGAGACUACGACGAUAACUGUGAAAUGAUGUUCCUAAAUGAAGCUUCACUCCUAAAUAAUAUACGUACCAGAUACUACAAAAAUAAAAUAUAUACAUACGUAGCCAAUAUACUGAUAGCUGUGAACCCGUAUAGUGAAAUUCCUGCCCUUUAUUCGCCAGAAAUGAUCAGGAACUACAAGGGCAAGUCAUUAGGGCAGCUUCCUCCACAUGUGUUCGCUAUAGCCGACAAAGCGUAUCGAGAUAUGCAAGUGUUGAAGCAAUCCCAGUCAAUCAUAGUAAGCGGAGAAUCAGGUGCUGGUAAAACAGAAUCGACGAAACAUCUGUUGAAAUUCCUGUGCCACAACUGGGGAGAAGAAUCUGGUAUUUUGGAACAAAAAAUUUUGGACGCUAAUCCAGUGUUAGAAGCAUUUGGUAACGCCAAAACCACCAGAAACAACAACAGUUCCAGAUUUGGGAAAUUCAUCGAAGUUCACUUCGAUAAGGACUUUAAGGUAUGCGGAGGUCACAUAUCGCACUACCUUCUGGAAAAAUCCAGAGUAUGUUCUCCAGAUGGAGAUGAAAGGAACUACCAUAUUUUCUAUAUGCUGAUGGCUGGUGCGCCCGAGAAGCUGAGGCAAAGUUUAGGAUUGACCAAACCUGAUGAUUUCAAUUACUUGAAAUCGGGCUGCAGUCGCUAUUUCACGAAGCCUUCCAGCGAAAAGAAGCUAAGCCUAUCGCAAAAAAGUGAAGAUCACAACAAACAAGGACCUUUAAAGGACAUUCUUUUGGAUGACGUCGAAGACUUCAGUGAAUUGGACCAGGCUCUCACCCGGCUUGGUUUAACUGACUCCGAAAGACUGCAAAUAUAUGCAACUGUUGCAGCUGUAUUACAUUUAGGAAAUGUAGCUUUUGAGGAUAAUCCUGAUGAUAGUAGAGGAGGUUGUAGAAUGAUACCCAGCAAGGAUAGAUCUCUUCUAACCGCCUCCAAGCUCCUAGAGAUUGACCCAAGCGAACUGAAGCAAGCUCUAGUUUCAAGAGUAAUGCAAAGUAGCAGAGGUGGCAUGAAAGGUACUGUUAUAAUGGUACCUUUGAAAGUCUAUGAAGCAAACAAUGCUAGAGAUGCUCUUGCCAAAGCUAUAUACAGCAAUCUGUUCGACUAUAUCGUCAAUAAAAUCAACAGAAGCAUACCAUUUCAAGCGUCAAGCUAUUAUAUUGGAGUAUUGGAUAUUGCCGGUUUUGAAUUCUUCACUGUCAAUAGUUUCGAGCAGUUUUGUAUAAAUUACUGCAAUGAAAAGCUGCAGCAGUUCUUCAAUGAAAGGAUAUUGAAGUACGAACAAGAGUUGUACAAAAAGGAAGGAUUAGGUGUACCUGAAAUAACUUAUGUUGACAACCAGGGAUGUAUUGACCUCAUCGAAGCCAAAACAAAUGGUAUAUUCACUCUACUGGAUGAGGAGUCCAAACUGCCAAAACCGUCGUACACUCACUUUACCGGUGAAGUACACAAGGCUUGGCCAAAUGAGUAUAGGAUAGGAUUGCCCAGAUCAUCAAAACUUAAAGCACAUAGAAGCAUAAGGGAUGAUGAAGGAUUUCUGGUCAGACAUUUUGCUGGAGCUGUGUGUUAUCAAACUAAAUAUUUCAUUGAAAAGAAUAAUGAUGCUCUCCAUGCAUCUCUUGAAAGUAUAAUAAAAGAAAGCAGAAACAAACUUAUCGAGACAUUGUUCUCCACUUCCAUGGCACAAAAAGGUAAACUUAAUUUCGUCAGUGUUGGCAGCAAAUUCAAAACACAGCUAGGCGAACUUAUGGAGAAACUCAAAAGCAAUGGAACUAACUUCAUUCGUUGUAUAAAACCCAAUAAUAAAAUGGUGGAUCACCAGUUCGACGGAAGUUUAAGUUUGAUGCAACUGAAAUGCUCUGGAAUGAUAAGUGUUCUGGAACUGAUGGAAUAUGGGUACCCAAGCAGAACAUCGUUCGCUGAUCUACACUCGAUGUACAAAGACUAUCUUCCGAAAGAGCUCAAGCAGCUCAAUCCAAAAACAUUUUGUGAAGCAAUGCUUCAUAGUUUGAAACUCCAAGAAAAGGAUUUCAAGUUCGGUAUAACAAAGGUGUUCUUCAGGCCAGGAAAGUUUGCUGAAUUUGACAGGAUCAUGAAGUCGGAUCCUGAGAACCUCAAGAGUGUUGUUGCAGCUAUCAAAAAAUGGUUGAUAAAAUCUAGGUGGAUUAAGUCUCAGUUCUGCGUGUUAACUAUUAUUAAAAUGAAAAACAAAAUUGCAUACAGAAGAAAAGCGCUGAUAAUUAUGCAAAAAACCGUAAGAGGUUACUUAGUAAGAAGGAAAUACGGACCUAGGAUAACAAUUUUAAGAAAUAUACGUACUUUAGAUAGCAGCUUGAAAAAAUUAGAGGAAAUCGCUUCUCAAUUGAAGCAGAAAGCCAGUGUUGUUAACGAAAUUGAUGGUCUUAAGAGCAAAAUGGCAUCUACGAUGGAAAAAAUCAAGCUUGACGAUAAGAUGGAUAGGAAAGCAGUUGAAAGCAUGUACGCGGAGUUAGUGGCACAAGUGAAUCAACAAAUGGCAUCACUUCAGAAGAAGUUGCAAGAAGAAAAGAUCGCAGAAGAACAAGAAAGAUUAAGGAAGAUCCGAGAGGAAAUGGAGAGACAGAAAAAGCUGAAAGAAGAGGAAGAAAGGAAGUUGAGGGAUGAAGAAGAGCACAGAAAGAUGAAGGUCGAAAUGGAGGCUAGGAGGAAAGCUGAAGAACUUGAAAGGAAGAAACAGGAGGCAGCAGAUAGGCUGUUAGCUGAAGAGCUGCACAAACAGCAAGAAAAGCUGGAACAAGACGAAAGGAAGUACCAAGAGCAAUUGGAGCAAGAACGUCAGGAUAGGGAACUAGCCCUACGAUUAGCCCAAGAAACCAAUGGCCAAGUGGAAGAAAGCCCGCCGCUGAUACGCAAGUAUGACAAAUACGAUAAACUUUGUAAAAGGGUGGCAUUUGUCUUUGCUUCGGUUUUCUCCCCUUAGUACUGUUUUUUUUUUUAAUUUGUUGUUGGCAAUCAUGUAGUCUAGUCCUGUCCUGUCCUCUGUACAUUCACUGAUAGUACUAAAUAUAUGCUGUAUGCGAAGAAGUUAUGGUGUGUUAAUAGAAACCCUAGCAGUUCUUUUCAUUUGGAAUGCUGAAGUUAAUUCAAUAUGGAAACAGGGCUCACUAGGAUAUUUCCAAUAAGAAUUUUUUAUAGUCACAAACAGUUUUAAGAUUCGACUAAACUUCCUACCAAUUUGUUUGGUCGAACAUAUUUUAUCCCUCAUAUUAUUCAGAAACUCCUUGGUCGUUUGAACUAGACAAUUUAUUUAAUACAUUCAUUUUUAUAUUACUCAUGUUCAUUAAUAUUAUUCCCUACAUUCACUUAAACUGAAUACAUUUGAUAGGCUAUACGAGAAGUUUCUUUUAUAUUUUUCCCAGGCAGAUUUUUCAUUUUGAUGUAUACAUUUUUAUGGACUAGUGUUUUCAUAAUAAGGUACAUAUUCAAUGCAAGUUUUAAAUCACGAAUUUCAGAAUUAUGAGUGUUGACCACUGUUAUUUUGGGAGACGUAGACAUGUACUACCAUUGGACUUUUAGUAAAAUGUUUUUAUAUUGAUGUAACUACACCAUGCCAAAUAUUUCUUCUCCUAGUAGUUUAUAUAUAUUCUGAUACUAUUUUUAUUACAAGACAUAACAUGAUGUGAUUUUAUAGAUCCAUAGGGUUUUCAUCAACUGAUACGAUGCUCCGAGUAGGACAGAUGUCAAAUGUUUUAAAUGUGAUAAUAGUUACCUGACUUAUUAAUUUUCAAUUGUUACCUUCAUUAUUGGAAUUGACCUGAUAUUCAUAACUAUUAACUAAUAUGUUAACGAGGUAACUAUUCCGAUUAAUUUUGAUACAGUUAAAGACGAACACGAGGGAACAGAAUAAUUAAAUCCAUUUCAUAUUAGUAGUUUCUAUUAGAUUUCACACAUCAACAUCAUGAACAUGUACGUUUGAUAUCUAUCUUACUAUGUCCUUGAAAGGUUGAAUAAGCAUUACCAAAUAGUGGUGAGUUGCAUGUUUUUAUUAAGACUUCAGAUUUAGUUUGAGGUAAGUAGUAGUUAAAAUAAUACUUCAAUAUUCUUCAAAGCUUGACCCUGAUCUCUCAUGCAUGAUGGUUAUGACUUCUUGAACAUGGCACAUUUUAUUCAUAUACUUUAUACUGAUGUAUUAAAUUUGAUGGUCUAUUUCUACAAAAAUCUCCAAAAUGUAAUUUAUUUAACUAGACCUACCGUGGAGUUAUGAUACCUUGCAGCAAGGCUGCCGACAACCCUCUCCCUCUCCCCCCGUCCUCCCUAGUCGAAUGAUAUGACCAUUUGACUUCCGUUAUCUUCUAAUGUCAUCUAUCAUAAUCAGUAAUUUCUUCUCACAUAAAUAUGUUUCUUGUCCGAAAAUUGUGUACUAUUACAUAACGCAGAUGUUGGACCCUUUUUAUGAAUAUACGUUCAACAUCUGAUCUGCGUGCUUUAUGUUACUUGAAUUAUCAACGUCCGAUAUUUUAUUUUGGUGCUACAUAAUUCUAUAGUAAUCCUAUAACACAUACAUCCAGAAUGUAUUAUAAAAAGUAAAGUUACACAUAAAUACAUUGUCAACCUUUUGAAAAACUAAUUCAGUGUUACAAACUCUCAAAUAUUGUUUCACUCAUAAACAUUAAAUCACAUUUUCCCUCCUGUUUGUCUUGCCGCCUUUUUUUAAACAAUUUUCUUAUCAUGGGUGCAAGAAAUUAACAUACUCUUCUGUAUGCAAAAUAUUUGCUCAGACAGUAUUGAUAUAGGUAAAAAAAUGUCUUUUAUUUUAUGUUUCGGAUUAUUUGUUUGUUGUUGUUGUUUUCACGACAUUCAAUACAAAUAAAGUGUGAAGGCAGAGUACUUCUAAAUACUCAGAAUAAACCGCAAGAUAGUAUUACAAGCAUUGACUAAUAUAUUCCACCAAAAGAUACCCAUUCCAAAUGGGAAAACACAAUCAAUAGUAUAAAGAACAAAUCUUUGGUUUGAAAAAAAAAAACGAGAAACCUGUUAGUAUAUUUCAAAUUAAUUUAUUCAUCUUCAGAUAUUGUAUAUCCGAUAUUACAUAAGAGGUUGGAAAGAAACAGUUCAUUUGCAAAUUGACUAGUACAAACGCAUGAUUAUUAUAAUAAAAAAUAAUGAAUCGGUUACGAUUUACAAUACUGAACGUAUAAUUUUCUGCAGAUCAGAUGCGUCGAGGAAGGAUGUCAACGCAAAAAACAAAUACGAUUUGUCCAAAUGGAAGUAUUCCGAGCUACGUGAUACUAUAAACACGUCAUGCGACAUAGAGCUGCUUGAAGCUUGCAGGCACGAGUUUCAUCGGCGUUUAAAGGUGUACCACGCUUGGAAAGCAAAGAACCGCAAACGUACAGUAACGACCUACGAGGACGAAAGAGCACCGAGAUCAGUGCUAGAAUCUGCCGCUAGAAGCGCCCAGAGGACAGCACAACAAAAAGUUGCAGUAUUAGAUAACAACGGGCAACGGUACUUCCGGAUUCCAUUUCAAAGAAACAACAACUGUGUUGAUCAGGGUAAACGAGGAUGGUGGUAUGCUCACUUUGAUGGACAGUACGUUGCUAGACAGAUGGAACUACAUCCUGACAAGGGUGCAAUACUUUUAGUGGCAGGAAAAGAUGACAUGCAAAUGUGUGAACUGUCUCUGGAAGAAACAGGGCUGACGAGGAAAAGAGGUGCUGAGAUUUUGGAAAGCGAGUUCAAUCGAGAAUGGGAGAAGUAUGGUGGCAAACCGUAUGUGAGGCCUGCAGAUAGAAACAAUCAUUAGCACAUAUCUAGAGUUUGCGAUGGGAAAAAGAAUAUUAUUCAAAUUAUACUUGUGAUGAAUAUCUCUUAUAAUCAGCUUCUAAUUUGAUAUGGGUAUAUAUUGUAGAUUAACAAAUUAGAAAGAUGAGUGACUGUAGCUACAGAACAUUCCAUGAUCAUAUCUCUCUGCCCAAAAGUAAUUGUAUGUGCUGGAUCUAGAUCAAGUUUGGAAAAACAAUUAUGGUUCAAAGCAUAUUUUUCGUUAUUGCGAGUUCAAUCUCAUAAAUAUUUUUGCGCUGUAGUUCAUUUAUCUGUUGCCAAUUCAAUAGCAUUUUGGUAUAAAGCAUGGGCUUGAAAUCAUCCGUUGCUCCAUCAGAAAAGGUAAAACUAAUUAUUCCUCUUGAUACCUAGAUCCAGCUUUGCAAAUCAUUAAAUUUUUAAUUAGAAUAUUAAAAAAAGUUAUAGUGUUUAAAAAAUAACUACAAUUAUUUUAUAAUUUCACUAUUUUACUGAAGAUGCUGGAAGUCACAGGAUUAAUGGACUUUGCUAACAUUCCUAUAUUAGUAUUUCAAAUGGUAUUAUGGUAAUUUUGCUUACACUUUAUAGUAUUAUCGUCUUCCCUAUCGUAUUAUCAUUUACAUUUUCACAAUAAAUGAUAUAAAAC